AUGUCUUUGUGGAAAACGAUUGAAGAAAUUUGGAGACAUCCAGGGAAAAGAUUAGCCACACUGUCAGUGCUUGGAUUGGGCCUUAUGAUAGGCGCUGUUGCAGCUCCUGUUUACCUCCCUAAAAGAGACAUUAGAAGCGAAUUACAACAACUUCAAAAACAAGAACAAUUUAGAACUGCAGAAGCUUUUAGACGUUCAGAAGGAAAAUGA